UUCAUUAUCAGGAUCUGAAGCAUACUUAUCUAGCCAAGAAAACGACAAACGAGAAGAUAUAAAUACAAAGAAAUCAGGUCACCCCGGCGUUAAACGCUCGUUGAUAUUGGAUUAGGAGGUGCUCCUUGAACCGCAAAGCGUAGACUCAAGGAAGACAAACUAGAGCGAUGUCCGGAUCACAAAGAAAUCACCCACAAAUCAACCUCUCAGGCUCAGAUGAUGAUGAUGAUUUUGGAACUCCGUCAAUGAGACUCAAAAGGACUAACUGGUAUGAUUGGAAGUUCAGGCUUGAGAUGUAUCUUGCUAGCAAGGGUUAUGAAGGUUUACUAGAUGAAGAAUGGACGAAGAGCAAUCUAUCAACUGCCGAAUUUCGUCAACGCAACGCUUGGGCAUCCCACUUACUUCGGAGGAUAGUAUCAUCUGAACUCCAUAGCGUAUUGAGAUUCAAUGCUGAUAAAAGUUUUUUAGAAACUUUUCAUGAACUUGGUAAAAGUUGUGGUGUAUCAUGUGUCGUAACAUUCUCUAUGAAGCAUCAAGAGUUACAUCAACUUAGAUAUCAUCCUGGAACUUCAAUCAGAGAACAUAUGAACAAAUUUAAUAAUCUUCUUUAUCUGGUCAAAGAUUAUAUGACUGAUUUACCUGACUUUGGUACAAUCUCAACCGGUAUGGCAGCCUGCAUAUUCUUAAACUCUUUUAACCAAGACCAAAGUUUACAACCUCUUAUUGGGUCCUUAUACAAUUCGGAACCAUUCAACUACGACGUCGUAUAUAAAAGCAUGGGUUUUGAGGCCGAUAGAAGACAACUCACACCAAACUCUUUUCCUAAGUCAAAUGUUACUACACCAAGGCGAUCUGAAAAAGGACGCCGUUCCAACAACGAAUCAUCUAAUCAAAAUUCAAAUAGAAUGGACAACAAGAUGAAGUCAGAUCACGAAAUACUUGUCAAACGGGUAGACAAGUUGGAGAAGAUCAUGAAAUCACAUUUGUCAACGUCAAAAUAAUACAUCUACAUAUCAGUGUCAUCUAAAGACUUAAGCAAGAGUGAUAAAAAUUUCAUCAAUGGGUCUUCAAUGUAAAACAUACUACAGCUUUAUUCAUCUCACCUAAACCAAUUUUAGAAAUCACCUAUAGCUUUGAAGCCAAUCCUACCAUGAACACCUUCACUUUGGGUUUACAAAUGCAUCAAAAUUCAUCAAAAGUCACAACAUAUUAACCACUGUGUCAAGUUUGUGUCUACAUUUCACCCUAAAACUGCCUCUAGCAUUCCUCUUUAUCUGAUCCUUCUACCUAUGAAACUCUCAUCUUACCAUGUGGCAGCUUACUCUUGUUUCAACUUUUUAUCAUUCUGAAUCACUUGUGUGGCCAGCUUAUGAAGUAUAUUAUUUCAAGUGUAUUUAACUCAAAAACUCUCAAUACAUUUGCAUCUUUCCAUGCAAAGUUCUUUUGAUCUGCAAAAUUGUCAUUUUGUCAUCAGC